AUGUCGCAGGAGAAAGGAUGUAUACGCUGUGAGCGGUUGGAAUUGACGUGUAGUUAUGUCGCGAGCGAUAGUAUUGAAAUGUCGGAUGGUCAUGGGGAUGACUUGACGCAGGCGGGUAUCAAGAGGCGGAGGAUUCUGAGGGCUUGUGCGGCUUGUCGGAGUGCUAAGUCCAAGUGUUCGGGGACAUGUCCUUGUAACCGAUGUCAGUCACAAGGGCAGGAUUGUGUAUUCGGUGGUGAACCGGGGAGUUCUAGUGUCGAUAUUGGCAUGGAAGUACAGACUUCGCCGGCGAGUACUUCCCAGUCACACUAUGGAUCAGUACCCAGUCAGGCAUCACCAAUGGACAUCUCUGCUGGUGUAGCUGGCGAUGCGCAGCGGGUUUUUGAACUUGAGAGUCGAGAUACCAUACGUCAAUAUCUGGAUACAUACUUUGACAAAUCCGACAUCGCCGACUGUGUCUUUCUUCAUCGAGCUACAACGAUCGCAGAAUGGAGUCAGGGCAAGCUCGAAAAGACCUUAUUAAAAGCCAUCUGCGCUUCAGCACUCCGGCUCACACCAACAUAUCACUCGGAGAGCUCACCAGCGCAUAACUGGAUAAAACAAGUUCAGCAUGAGUUGGUCAAUCAAAUGGGUGACAUGUCAGUACCAAAGCUUCAGGCUCUAAUGCUUGUGAUCAAAUUCCUCUUUUCCAUGCGGUUCACUGGGGAUGUCUGGGUUCUUCUUUCGAUCGCAUCGAGGGUCGCUUUCACCAAGAGGCUCAACUAUGAACGUCCGGCCAUUGAUCCAGUCAGACAAGAGUGCCUUCGGCGAUUGAUGUGGUCCAUAUAUGUUGUUGAUAAAGUCUUCUCUGGUGGUAUUGAGGACCUCACUGUUUGUCCGACGCAAAGGAUGCAUAUCCGGUUACCGAGCAGUCAUCAUAACUUCCAACUUGGUUCAAAGUCAAAAGCGCCGUUUCUACGGAGUAAGAGCGAGAAUGAUACAGAUUUGAACGUCUUGGCGUACUUGAUGCGGCUGUAUGACAUUCGAGAUAGAGUUUUGAGAUAUACCAGACAGGUUAUAUUGAGUGGGACCAGCCCCUAUCUUAGCCGAGGACAGCUACGCUCUCUUGAUCUAGAACUGACAUCCUUCGAAGAGUCACUGCCAGAUGAACUGCAACUCAACGAAAACAGGCUUAUGAUAAUGUGUCAUUCAGAGGAAGCACGCACAUAUACAACCCUCCAUACCAUUCUAUUCAGUUCUCGCUGCGAUCUUCACCGGUUUCUCAUUCCUGGUAUUCGAGAGGCCGUAUCACCAGAAGCAGUGAACCAAACACCAAGAGAAUUUAUCGACUACUGCCAGCAACAAUGUCUGCAGACUGCGUUGAGAUAUAUAGACAUGUGGUCCAAGGUCAGACAGAUGGAGACGAGUAGUCGUGUCGGGACACCAACCUUUGCGGUAGUGACGUACCAGUUUGUCAAGAUGGUAGAUCAUCUGGCUGCUCUACUGCCAUUACACGGGGAGUCAUCACUGUCGGUGAUCAAGCAGAAGUUUAUUGAUAUACUGCUUAUCGUGUCACGAAGUCGAGCUGAGGUCGGGUGGGUUGGAUCAUGCAUUACUGAUAUCGAGAAUCUAAUACCACGAUUGGGGACGAGACACAUAUCUCCUGGCUCACCCGCUUCGCCGGGGACUCUCCGCCUACAGGAGAAGCUGCAUCGUCGUUCUAAGCAUGCUUUUGCUCCGGACGAUGAAGAGGAGGAAGAUCCCGCUAUCCGACCACCAGAGUCCAAUACUGACGAAGAGAUACCGGAGACGUCCCUUGAGCCCACGGUACUAGAGAACUCUAGUGGGCAAGAUAUUUGGUCUUUCCCAAUUCAGGGUGAUGAACAGGGUCUGACUGGGUCAACUGGGGACGGAUCUCUGGGCUCAUUCUCAUCAAUGGGAUAUCCACUCAUCAAUUAUGACUCGAUCAAUUCGACUAACUUGGUGUUCGGAGACCAGGAACUCGGUUUCCCGUUGGAUCCCUUUGACCUCCAGAUGAAUGCUUAUACUGAUGCCAAUGCACCCCAAUAUUAA